GAGAACCCAUGAUCUGUCUCCGAUAAGAAAAGAGCUCGGCUCGUCGACGGGGGCGUUCUCCGUCUUCUCGCUCCGGCGCGCUCUCGUCUAAGCAGGACACGGUAGACGGUUUUCGGGCUGGGCUUCCCUUCGGUCACCGACGGCGAUCUCUUCGGGAAGAAGUGAAGGUGGUUUUGUUGGUUUGCCUGCUGUGCAAUAUGGUCUUAGAGGCUGGUUCUUCCAAAUGAAGUGGGCAAUGGUUUAUGACUUGUGAUUCCAUUAAUACAAGGGUGCUGCAUGCUGCUGGUUGAUUAAAAAUGAAAUCUUCUAUUUUGGUGUUCUGGUGUUGCUGUAUUAGUUUUUUUUUCAACCAGUAGUAUAAGGUCAUGGAUAUAUUCUAGACUUUGUAACAUUAGUGGUGCAAAUGGUGGAAGACCCAAAUUUUUGGUUUUGAUUGUAGUGUUUUCUUGGCAAGAUGAAUGUACAAGCACAUAUGGCUGGACAGAUUGCUGGCCAGUUAUCUAGCCAAGCAGGUCCCCCAUUGCCUACUUUACCUCAGCAAAAUGUUGGCUCUAUUCCUUCCCAAAUGCAGAAUUUGGGAAAUCUGCAAAGUACUUGGCGAGCUGAUCCUGAUAUUGAUCCCCUUCGAAACUGUGUAGCAGAAGAAAUUAUGAAAUUUUUGCGGCGGCAACCUCAGAUGAAUGAAUGGGGGCAAAAAUUAGUUGACAUUGCGAGGAAAUUGGAGAUGGGGUUGUUUAGGAAUGCUUCUUCUAAGGAAGAAUAUUCAGAUAUCAACAUAUUGCAUCGUAAACUGACCAACGUUAUGAGCCGUAUCUCAGCUAGCAAUACCAACCAACACUUGGGUCAUGUCAAUUCUGCAUCUUCAUCUGUUGUUGGGACCAUGAUACCGACCCCAGGUAUGCCACAAAGUGCCAGCACUAAUUCUGCAGUCUCUUCUAUGGACAACUCUAGUCCUGCCGGCACCAAUACUGGCCUGAUGAUCCCACACUCAGUUGCCAUGGGGAAUUUGCUGCCAACUGCCAAUGGGUCUGUUGGUGGAAUGCAGCAGAAUACCUUCAACUCAUGUGAUGGACUACUACCUAAUGAAUAUCAGCAAACACUUCCCAAUAUUUCCAUUGGCUCUGGGAACAACAUGUUAUCUUCAUUGGGCACACAAAGGCAUUCAAGUCAGAUGAUCCCUACACCUGGAUUGAAUGACUCACGCUCGUCCAUGAAUGCAUCUAGCGGUGGGUUUUCGAGUGUUGAAUCUAUUAUGGCAUCACAAAUGCAGCAACCAAAGCAGUAUAUUGGCAAUCAAAAUAGCCGUAUGAUGCAAAACAUCGGUGGCCAAAUGGGCAUGGGUGUGGGGAUGAGGUCUGGCUUGCAGGCUAAGUCUUCAGCUUAUGGCUUUCCUGGUGGAGUUCUGAACGGUGGGUUAGGGACAUUUGGUAAUAAUAUGCCGUUAAUGAGUGGGACUGCACAUGCCGAUGGGUAUUUAAGUUCUCCUGCUUAUGUGAACUCUCAGAAACCUCCACAGCAGCAUUUUGAUCAGCAGAGGCAACAACAAAUCAUGCAUAGUGCAUUAUCUGCAGGGAAUAACCAGAAUGUGAACCAUCUUGGGCUUCAGUCUAAUUUGAAGGCAAACCCUAUGAUGCAAUCUCAACAAUCAAGUCUUCCAUCACUUCAACAGGUAUCUGGCAUUAAGUCUCAGUCUGUUGAUCAUUCAAUGAAGAUGAAUCUGCCUACAUCUAGAGACCUUCUUCUCCAGCCUCAACAACAACUACAAAGGGCCCAGCAGCAACAAUUUUUGCAGCAUCCCCAUCAAUCUCAGAUGCAAUUUCCAUAUCAGCCUCAACAGAGGCAACUAAAUCAGCAGCAGCAACAAUUACUGAAGAAUGAGAACUUGAGGCAACCUCAGUUUCCACCAAAUGCUGUUCAAACCACAACAGCCAAUCAGAUAUUGCCGGAGCAUGAAGUGGAAACGCAUAAUGAAGCUUUGUAUAAUCAAAUACCUGAUCAAUAUCAGUUCCCAAAUUUGAGGCACCAAUAUCAGCCUAGUCACCUAGCUGAGAAUAAAGGGUCACAUUUGCUCCAACCAUCUAGUUCCCAGGAAUUGCAGCAUUCAUUCUCACAAAAUUCAAAUCAAUUUCAGCAGAUUGUGCAGCCGCAAAAGCGAGUUGCACAGUUGCAAAAUGAAUUUACUGGUCUUUCUGUUGGGCAGUCAGACAUUCCCGUUACUGAAGAAUGGGGUACACUGGAAAUCAGAUCUCCUGUUGUGAAUCAGUCAUCUUCUGACCAGCUCAUACAAGCAGACUUCCGUCCCCGAGUCAUGCAGCAAGAUGAAGCUCAAGGUCCCCAUCUCCCUACUCAGGGAUCUGCAAAUGGAAAAAUUGUUUCUUCAGAAAAUUAUUCUGUGGCCCAAGCUUCAUGUGGGACAUUAUGUGAAGCUGGUGGAAGGACUCUGGGGGCACGUUGGAAAGAGAUCAGUAACCAACGAAGAUGGCUACUUUUCCUGCGGCAUGCUAAGAAAUGCUCUGCUCCAAAAGGGAAAUGUCCAGACAAAAAUUGUGCAAGAGCUCAGGAUUUGUGCAGGCACAUGGAAAAGUGCCAUGAUGUUCACUGUGCAUACACUUAUUGCCAUAAAACCAAAAUGCUGACAGAUCAUUUCAAUAAUUGUCGUUCUGAAACUUGUGCUCUUUGUGUUCCUGUUCGCUCUUGGGUGUCUCAGCAUAGAGUUUCUGCAAAACAGUCAAUAGAUUCUGGGCAUGUAAAUUCAACAAAUGGCACUUGGAAGACAGUCCCUAGAGUGGAUGGAAGUAAAAUGCCAACUAACCCUCUUGGUUCUAUUUUGGAAGCUUCUGAUCCUAUACAGUUAUCACUGAAACGAGUUAAGCUUGAGCAUUCUUCCCCUUCAAUCACUCAGCCUAAGGUAGAGUUAGUUCAAGUAUCUUCGUCACCUGUAGAAGAAAUAGAUGAACUAGAAGGGAGCCAACAGGGUGAUGUGCCUGUGCCUGUGCCUACUAAAUCUGAAGUUAUGGAAGUGAAGAUGGAUGCACCCAUGCUGUUUGGAAGCCCUGAGAGAAUAAGUGAAAGUGGUCGAAGCGAUUUGGACAAUUCUAGUAUGUUGAAAUCUGAAAUCAAGCCUCCGACCUCAAAUAAUUUAAUAUCUGAUUUUAAGCAAGAAUAUGCCCCAGUUCAGAAGGAAGCUGAUCAGGUGAGGCAGGAUGUUCAUGGAUCUGUGGCUGAUCAUACAGUGAGCACUAAAACAGGGAAGCCAAAGGUAAAAGGUGUAUCUAUGAUUGAACUUUUUACUCCGGAGCAAGUUAGGGAUCACAUUCUUAGUCUUCGCCAAUGGGUUGGCCAGAGUAAGGCAAAAGCUGAAAAGAACCAAGCCAUGGAACGUUCUAUGAGUGAGAAUUCAUGUCAGCUGUGUGCUGUUGAGAAACUUACAUUCGAGCCACCUCCUAUAUAUUGCUCUACCUGUGGUGCUCGUAUCAAGCGUAAUGCAAUGUACUACACAAUAGGCAGUGCUGAUACACGUCAUUAUUUUUGCAUACCGUGUUAUAAUGAGGUCCGAAGUGAUGCCAUUGAUGUUGAUGGGGUUGCAUAUCCGAAGGCACGGAUGGAGAAGAAGAAGAAUGAUGAAGAAACUGAAGAAUGGUGGGUUCAAUGUGACAAAUGUGAAGCAUGGCAGCAUCAGAUUUGUGCCCUUUUCAAUGGCCGGAGAAAUGAUGGAGGGCAAGCUGAGUAUACAUGUCCUAAUUGUUACAUUGCAGAGAUAGAGAGAGGGGAAAGGAAACCCUUACCACAAAGUUCUGUGCUGGGUGCCAAAGAUCUCCCAAGAACAAUUCUUAGUGAUCACAUUGAAAAUCGGCUUUUUAAGAGACUCAAACAUGAGAGACAGGAAAGGGCUAAUGCACAGGGAAGGAGUUUUGAUGAGGUUCCAGGAGCUGAAGGUCUUGUUGUUAGAGUUGUAUCAUCUGUCGACAAGAAAUUGGAAGUAAAACAACGGUUUCUGGAGAUUUUCCAAGAAGAAAAUUAUCCUGCAGAAUUCCCAUACAAAUCAAAGGCUGUUUUGCUGUUCCAAAGAAUUGAAGGGGUUGAAGUUUGCCUUUUUGGCAUGUAUGUCCAAGAAUUUGGUUCAGAAUGUUCAUUUCCUAAUCAGCGCCGAGUUUAUCUUUCCUAUCUUGAUUCAGUGAAAUACUUCAGACCUGAAAUUAGAGCUGUGACAGGGGAGGCACUUCGUACAUUUGUUUAUCAUGAAAUACUGAUUGGUUACCUUGAAUACUGUAAGAACCGAGGAUUUACUAGCUGCUACAUAUGGGCCUGCCCGCCACUGAAGGGAGAAGAUUACAUUCUCUAUUGCCAUCCUGAAAUACAGAAGACGCCCAAGUCCGAUAAACUUCGGGAAUGGUAUCUUUCUAUGCUGAGAAAGGCUGCCAGGGAAGAUGUUGUAGUGGAUCUGACAAACUUUUAUGAUCAUUUCUUUGUCAAGAAUGGUGAAUGUAAGGCAAAAGUUACAGCAGCGCGGUUACCGUACUUUGAGGGUGAUUACUGGCCUGGUGCAGCAGAGGAUAUGAUUAAUCAGCUUAGGCAAGAAGAAGAUGGUAGGAAACAACAGAAAAAAGGGAAAACCAAAAAAACCCUAACAAAAAGGGCACUUAAAGCAGCUGCACAAGCUGAUCUUUCUAGCAAUGCAUCUAAGGAUGCACUGUUGAUGCAAAAGCUUGGUGAAACCAUCUCUCCCAUGAAGGAAGACUUCAUAAUGGUUCACUUGCAGUAUCCAUGUACUCACUGUUGUCAACUUAUGGUCUCUGGAAAACGUUGGGUUUGUAGCAGGCAAUGCAAAAAUUUCCAACUCUGUGACAAAUGUUACGAGGCAGAGCAAAUGCUGGAGGAGAGGGACAGACAUCCAAUAAACAGUAAAGAGAAACAUAUUCUUUUCCCUGUUGAGGUGAAAGAUGUCCCUGUAGACACCAAGGAUAAGGAUGAUAUCCUAGAAAGUGAAUUCUUUGAUACGAGGCAAGCAUUUUUAAGCCUCUGUCAAGGAAACCACUAUCAAUAUGACACUCUUCGCCGUGCUAAACAUUCAUCAAUGAUGGUUCUUUAUCACCUCCACAAUCCAACAGCGCCUGCUUUUGUGACUACUUGCAAUAUAUGCUACCAUGACAUUGAAGCAGGCCAAGGGUGGCGUUGUGAGACUUGCCCUGAUUAUGAUGUCUGCAAUACUUGUUACCAGAAGGGUGGUGGUGCUGAUCAUCCUCACAAACUGGCAAGUCCUCCAUCUACAGCAGAGCGGGAUGCUCAAAAUAAAGAAGCUCGACAAAAGCGAGUUGUCCAGUUGCGUAAGAUGCUUGAUCUGCUCAUUCAUGCUUCCCAAUGUCGCACUGGGCCCUGCCAGUAUCCAAAUUGUCGCAAGGUUAAGAGCCUCUUUCGUCAUGGUACACAAUGCAAGAUUCGUGCUUCUGGAGGUUGCCAACUGUGUAAAAGGAUGUGGUAUAUCCUUCAAUUGCAUGCCCGGGCUUGUAAGGAGUCAGAUUGCCAUGUUCCCCGCUGCAGGGACCUGAAGGAGCAUCUCAGGAGGUCACAACAGCAGUCCGAUUCACGUCGCAGGGCUGCAGUGAUGGAGAUGAUGAGGCAACGUGCUGCCGAAGUUGCGGCAAACAAUGCCUAAGUAAACCCUCUGUACAGUUAGUUUCAGGCGAGGGAGGAAUGUACCAUCUUGCAGCUGCAUUGCAUUUGAAAUCUUGGCCAAUCUGCGAAGAGAAAAGAGUCAGAUGCCUUUAACGCAACGUCAACGCAUCCAAAUUGAUGGGCUCAUGUCCAGUUGGCCUGCAGACUGCGCAAGUUGCCAUUGUUUUUGCAGUUCCAACCAUGAGUUAUCCAGUCCAGGUAUGGAUUUCAUUGCCAGGAGCAUUCUUGACAAUUUGCUGUUGAUGGUGUCCGCUCUGUGUAUUGUUGGUCCAGGUAAGUUUGAUUCUUUCAUUUAUUCGCCUUAUAUUCCAAUCGCCAUCUAAGAGAUGGCAGAUGUACAAAAUGGCCCCCUCCUAAUAAAUCCAUCAUAUCUUAGAGAGAAAUUCUAGCAGAAGUUAUCAGAUUUUUGAGUCCCCAUUUGGAUGCUGCAGCUUAACUUUUGCUGGCAAGACUCAUCUUGAAUCCAAGUACUCUGAUAGCUAGCUCUGCAAAAUGUCGGUUUUACCUUAUUUUAUUUUAUUUUCUUUCUGAAGCAGCUCUACUUGUUUCACCGCUUCCACCAAUGUAAAUCCAGGUUGUUAAAUGAGAUGAAACGAAACACUGAUCCGAGUUA